UCCUCGGCUCAUCAGCACGGUCAAGUCAAGUAUCAAUGGUCGGGCCAUAAUGUACCUCUUGCAGCAUGCCGUGCCGAGACCGCAAGGCGAGUCAAGCGGGUACGAUGGAACAUUGUUGAGAGAUGAUCCAGCAGGAAACUCAUAUAAAAUCCCAGGUUAAACACAGACAAAUAACAAGCCAAACACACGGCUCGAUCCAUGGCCAAUGCACCAUCGUUUGCCGGCAUUCCCAUCAUCCCAGUGCUUCUCCUCCUCCUCUCCACCUUCUCUGUUUCUUCUUCAUCUUCGUCAAGUCCGGCCAAUGGCAGCGACACGGACCUCGCAGCUCUGUUGGCUUUCAAAUCCCAGCUUGCUGAUCCUCUUGGCGUCCUGGCCGGCAACUGCCGUUGGAUCGGCGUCUCGUGCAGCCCCUGCCGGCAUCGCGUCACCGCUCUAUCGUUGUCGGGCAUACCCCUCGUUGGGCCUCUGUCUCCUCACCUCGGUAACCUCUCUUUCCUCUCUGUCCUUAACAUCACCUACGCUAACCUCACGGGCUCCAUCCCUCCAGAACUUGGCAGGCUCCAUCGACUUAGACAUCUUCGUCUUAAAGGAAAUUGCCUGUCAAAUGACAUUCCUGCUGACCUAGGAAACCUCACAAGGCUCGACUUCUUUAGUCUAAGUUUGAACCAACUCUCGGGCCAGAUCCAUCCUCAGCUGCUACUACGUCUGCACAACCUUAGAGAAAUUUAUCUCUAUGGAAAUUACUUGAGUGGUCAAAUACCACCCAAUCUUUUCAAUAACACACCGUCCAUGUGCUACAUUUCCUUUGACAACAACAGACUCUCCGGCCCUAUCUCUCCUAAUUUGUUAUUCCAUCUGCAAAAACUUGAGAUAAUUUCUCUAUCAGGAAAUGACUUGAGCGGACAAAUACCGCCCUAUCUAUUCAGUAAUACCCCUUCCUUGAGGGAAAUCUACAUUAGCGCCAACACGUUAUCAGGACAUAUCCCUCCUAAUUUGUUAAUCCAUCUCCAGAAACUCGAGAUUAUUUCUCUACCCAGAAAUUACUUGAGCGGUCAAAUACCGUCCAAUCUAUUCAACACCACACCUUCCCUCAGAAUCAUCUACUUACACACUAACAUGUUAGAAAUUUAGGUUUUUUGGUCUACCCCUAUUCCUCUGCGCUUAUCCGUGGUGCCGCUCACAAUUCGCAUAUCUGAGGCUAGGGGGUAGGGACCUUCUUAUACUGUCUUUCCAAAGAGUCCACCUCUUAUACAGAUAUAAGAUUCCUAGUCUUUUCCACUAGUUUUCGGGAUAGAGUCCAGAUCGAAUUACCAACCACGAUCAUAUUUGUCUGUUAAUGGAUUCUACCCGUCAUGUCCCCGGAGCACGCGCUUGUGAGCAACGCGCCAUAAUAGACUGUAAAUUCCUCUAAUUAUGUAGA